UUUUUUGGAUAAAAUGGCUGUUAAUCACUGUGUUGGCAACUCUGUUGCGUAUCUCAAUUUCACGGUUGUUGUUUUGUUUUGUGCACUAUCGGCAUUUGAAUUCAGCUGGACAUUCCGUAUCUAUUUCUAGUUUUGCUUUAUAAAUAAUUAAUUGGCUUGAACUGGUGUUAAAUAAAAAAUGUCAACGUUGUGAUUGUUACACACUAAACACUGUUAAAAUCGCGUGAAUAUGUACACAGCUAAGGAAUUGCUGCCCACACUGAAGAAAUAUACAUAUUUAGUAAGAUAAGCAGAAAGACAGCAUCUAUAUCAGCGUUUGAAUAGUUUCGGAAAAGUGUAGUGGGAGUCGGUGCAGUCGCCAGACAUAACACAUAUAUAUACGUACAUUUGUGCAACGAAAAUUCAACGAAUUUUCUAUUGAAAAAAUUACACCAAAAUUUCCGCAUUAUACCAGAAACAAAAAUAUUUUUUUGAAAUCACAGCUUCAAGGGCGACAGGUUAAAAAAGAAGUAGAAAAUAAGAUAUAAACAAUGACCUCAGUGAUAAAAUAUAUGUCGCUGAUGACCACCUGCUCGGUGUUUGCAGCAUUAAUCUCAAUAAUUUGGCAAGCAUUUAUAUCGCUAAAGCACCUUAACAAAAUGACUUCAAUACUUACGGGUCUUUUGGCAAUUGAGAGCAGUUUGAAGCGACCACUACAGCCACCCAAAGUUGCCGUAGGCUAUGGUGCAUGCACUGAUUUGUUAAUACACGCAACCGAUUUUCUGAAUUACACUGAAGAGCUGGUAAAAGGGGUUGGUCCGGAAUUCACAGUAGAUGAGGUAAAUGACCGACAAGAACUUUUGCAAACAUUCGCUUACUAUUUCAAAAAUGGAGCAGCAGCAGAGCGUAUCAUGCCAAAUACCGAGCUCUUCAAAGAACUUAUACAGAUUGCAAAGUCUCGUCACCUUGACAGCAUACAAUGGUUCCUUGGUGGCAAUGCACCGCUUAUGAGUACACGUUUUCAUCUGGAAGGUGCCAAUGUACUACUCGGUGCACGUAUGUCCAAAAAACUACGUCGUCUUGUGCCCGCAGAAAUAAAAAUAGCUGGCGAUGAAAUUCCAGAAGAUGACAUCCAUCUAAUAUUGGAGUAUAAGUCUGGCGACACUUGGGGUCCAUUUGUAGCACCACGUGCUAAUCGCUAUAUUCUUCAUAGUGAUCGUAACAACCCACAUUUAAAUUCCGUUGAACACUUUGAUGCUGCUGUACGCAAUUUUCAACCACGCUUACUCGUUAUUAGUGGCUUACAAAUGAUGGAUAGCUAUAAAUUCGCACAUGGUGUACGAGAAGCUAGGCUGCUCAAAGUUCAGGAACAAAUUAGUCUACAAUCACCCACUACUUUACAACAUUUCGAAAUGGCAAGUUAUGUAGAAAUCGAACUUCUGCAACUUUUGCGGCAAUAUGUUUUGCCAUAUGUAGAUUCAUUGGGCAUGAACGAGCAGGAACUGGAAAACCUACGCCAAGUGUUAACAAAAGGACGCACAACACUAGCGACUGACUGGAAUCCGCGCGUCGCUACUGCACUGGACCAAAUGCGUGACGUAUUUCAAAUUUUAGCACAAGAUUACUAUAGAAACUCUACAGGAUUGCCACACCGACGCCUCUUAACACGCAUUCAUGUACAUACAUUGGCAUAUCAAGCAUUGUUGACAGUGCGUGAUUCGCAAUGGGAGCGUACACAAAUCGCUGCAGCUAAAGCAGCACUUACUGCACAUCGACAUGUCUGUCAAACUGAUAUGAUUAACCCGGAAUCGGCCUUACUCAUCUUAGACGAUAGUUUCGCGACCACAGCUCAAAAUAAAGACACCGCUAGUCGUAUACAAUUGAAUCCUCAACAACCCGUGCCAUGCUGGAAUGAAACUAUCGUUGUAAACGAUCAAAAAUCUUUACCUAUAGAAAUAUGUGUUGCACCGGUAUUAGUAUGUCGCGUAGCCAAGAAAACGGCUGGGGCUGGCGAUAAUAUAUCUGCCGCAGCCUUAUCCCAACAGUUGUAAAUUAAUUUGAAACGACAGGUGGCAGUAUAUUAUUGACAAGUGCCCUCUCCAAAUGACUGCUAAUACCCAGAGUGACCUUAUAAAUAUGUGGAUCCUGUGACCUGUAGUAACAAAAGCAAACAAUAAUUUAGAAAAGUAAAACUCACUCUUUUGCAAACAUUCCUAAAGAUGAAAAAUACUAGUUCAUAAAAGUAAAACUCAUUCCUUUGCAAACAUUCCUAAAUAGAGAAAUUAGAACCUAUUUGACUGUUCCUUCAAGUUAGUAGCGGUAUAUGUUAAUCUGACAUAGAUUUACGUUAAUAUAAAAUUAUAAUUGAAAAUUUACUUUAUCUCAAAUCUCACUUGGUAAUAAGAAACCGUGUGUUCACUUACCUACAUUCAUGCAUAUGAAUAUGGGUGUGUAGGCUGUGGCAUAGAUAUGUAAAUGCAUAUUGAAUUGUAUGUUGAAAAUGGCUUUGGUAAAUAAUUUAGAUAAUAGUGUACGUUGGUAUUAGAUUUUUUCUAUAUUUUAUGGUAAAUUAUACUUUAAAGGCAAUUUAGUGUAUCAUAGUGCACUAAUCUGUGCAUACAUACAUAUUAUGGUUUUAGAAAUUUUUAACUUACCGCUAGCAUGUACUUAAACUAAAUUUUUUAAAAUAUGUGUUAAAUAUGAUAUAAAAAUCUGUCUGUUAGCUAUAAUUGCAACUACAAUGCUCAAUAAUAUUAUAGCUCUUCUUGCAUUCCCCUUUAUCAAAUUUUUGCAUUCGAAAAUAAAUAUGUGGAUUUGUAAGUUAAAACC